UCGACAAGACAACAGAAUUUCUGCUGUCUAAUGAUAAUGUUUGGACUUUGUAUCAACAUCACGUGCCCCAUCUGUCUGUUUGCUUUAUCUUGUGGGAAGAAGUCGAUCUCCAAAGCACAGAAAGCAGAACGUUAACGGAACUCUCCUACUUGGAAAUCCAGCUGCUGAUCCAAGCUGGCCCUGCCUGAUAUUUUGAUCUUUCAUCACGAGCCUUAGCAAGAAGUAAACUCUCCAGACUGAGAACAGCCAUGAUCUACUUCUACUGUGUCUUGGGGGUCUGGAUUUUUCUCCUUCACAGCCAUGUCACAGGAUAUCCCAAGCGAAAAACCUCUGGAUUAGAAGACAUCAGAAACUGCACAGUCACCCCUCCGCAUCUACCUCCUACGGUGACCAAUACGAGUGAGCGGUUGAGUGCCCUGCGGCAGCUCAUGCGCACCCACAACAUCACAGCAUACAUCAUUCCCUCCAAGGAUGCACACAUGAGUGAAUACAUUGCAGAACGUGACAAGAGGUUAUUCUGGAUGACAGGUUUCACAGGAUCAUCAGGGACGGGAGUGGUCACUCUGCAGAAGGCAGUCCUCUUCACUGACAGCCGGUACUGGACCCAGGCAGAGCGCCAGAUGGACUGCAACUGGGAGCUGCAGAAAUCAGUCUGGAUUACGUCUAUUUGUGAGUGGAUACUUGAAAAAGUUCCUGCUGGGGAGAAGAUUGGAUUGGAUCCUUACCUCAUUUCCAUUGAUGAAUGGCAAAGCUACAAUCAAGCCCUUGAGGAUUCGAAUAGGUUCCCCACCCCCAUAGAAAGCAACCUUGUAGACCCAGUGUGGGGUUCCCAGAGGCCUCCUCCACCCACCAGCGAGAUCUACCAACUCCCAGACAACUUCACUGGGAGCACCUGGCAGGAGAAGGUUUCCAACAUCCUGAAACAGAUGGAGGAUCAUAUCAAGAAGCCUACAGCAGUCUUGCUGUCUGGUCUCGAGGAAACAGCCUGGCUCUUCAAUCUUCGAGGCGAUGACAUCCCUCACACGCCAGUCUUCUAUGCGUACACACUUCUCACUAAUGGGAAUAUCAGUCUCUUUGUGGAUCAGGAACAGCCGCGGCUGAGUGAAAAGACUCUCCAGUCGCUGACAGCGCAGUGCCCGGGGUCCUUGUGCGUUCAUGUGGAGAGCUACGAUCACGCAAGUGCCGGAGUGACAUCUUACGCCCAGCAGGAUGGUGUUCGCAUUUUGAUCGGAACAGAGUACACCACUCUAGGGCUCUAUCGGAGCAUCCCCCAGGAGAAACUCCUGGAAGAAAACUACUCUCCUGUCAUGAUAACCAAAGCAGCCAAGAACUCCAAGGAGCAGGAAAUGCUGCAAGCUGCCCACGUACGAGAUGCUGUGGCAGUGAUCCGAUACUUGGUCUGGCUAGAAAAGAACGUUCCCACCGGUUCUGUGGAUGAAGUCUCCGGGGCACGCUAUGUGGAUCAGUUACGUGGGGAGGAGCUGUUCUGCCAUGGGACCAGCUUUGACACCAUCUCUGCCAGUGGUCUGAAUGCAGCUCUGGCCCACUACAGUCCCUCCAACACUACCAGCCGGACACUGUCUGUGAAUGAAAUGUAUCUGCUGGACUCUGGAGGCCAGUAUCUGGAUGGAACAACAGACAUAACCCGGACUGUCCACUGGGGGGAGCCCACUCCUUUUCAGAAGGAAGCCUACACACGGGUGCUGAUGGGAAACAUUGACCUUUCCAGACUCACCUUUCCAUCCAAAACAUCAGGGAGAAUGGUGGAAGCCAUCGCUCGCCAGGCCUUAUGGGAAGUGGGACUCAACUAUGGCCACGGGACUGGCCAUGGCAUCGGCAACUUCUUGUCUGUCCAUGAGUGGCCCGUGGGCUUCCAAACCGAUAACAUACCCAUGGAAAAGGGCAUGUUCACCUCCAUAGAGCCUGGUUAUUACCAUGAUGGUGAGUUCGGGAUCCGUCUGGAGGAUGUCGUGCUCGUGGUAGAAGCGGAGACGAAGUACGAAGUGAGCGAAACACCCUACCUAACUUUCAAGGUCAUCUCCUUGGUGCCCUACGAUCGGAAGCUCAUUGAUGUGAAGCUUCUUUCACAGGAGCAGAUCCAGUACCUCAGCAGCUACUACGAGACCAUCCGCAAGCUUGUGGGACCUGAACUGCAGAGACGGCAACUGCAUGAAGAGUACAGGUGGCUGCAGGAGAAUACAAAGCCCUUUUCCCGUGCUAUUCUUAUGGUAGCCUCCCUGGGCACCCUCGCCAUGAGCAUCCUGGCUUCUAGUCUUCUGACUGGCGUGUUAGCCUGA